CUCUCAUUUCCUUCUCUGCGCCGCCGGCCGACUCGCCGGCGUUCCUCCCAUAUUCAUUUCUACCCCGUGACCCACAUAAACGCGCACAAUCCCCUAAUUCCUUCUCGUCGCUUCGAAAAGUUAACACCCUCCAAUUCUUUUUUCUCUUCUCUAAAGCGUGACACGCAAUUACUCCAUCGUCGUCGUCACCAAUCAUUCGAUUCGAUUGCUUUGCUCCCUUCCUUCAAACCCAAGUCUCUCUUUAGUCCUUUCACCGAUUCCCUCUCUCUCGCUUUACUGAUUUCUUGUCCAGAAAGUAGAAACCCACUGCUGGGAUUCCUGCAAAACCCUCAAAUUUAUAAUUAUUUGACAGCGACGGCUGACCACCGCCACCGCCACCUGCCGGGCUGCCUACCCUUGCGGACCUGAGGGUCUUCUUCAGCAAUCCUCAAUUCCACCCACUUUACUGCUGCUUUUUCUCUUCUGGGUUCUCUCCCUCGCAGAUUUUUCUUACAUGUCUCGCAACGUUGGAAACAACACCAGAAAGUCCAACUCCACGCGCCACCGGGCACAACCCGCCGCCGCGGUGGCCACCACGGUGGCCACGGGGACCGUCGCAGUCAUGCCCGUUUACCCAAUUGACCAAUUGGGUUCUCCCUUCGGCGAUGAUUCCGCCGCCCCUCUCAACUUGUCAGCCUCGGAGCUCCGGGAAUCCGCCUACGAGAUCCUAAUCGCGGCUUAUCGGAGCUCCGGGACCCGCCCGCUCACGUACACCCCUCAGUCGGAGAGAGCGGCGGAUGAUAGAGGGCAGGGUCAUGCCAAUUCGACUCUCACGCAUUCUUCAUCGCUGCAGCGGUCGUUGACCUCGUCGGCAGCGAGUAAGGUGAAGAAGGCCCUCGGGAUGAAAUCGGCGAAGCGGAGAACGAACGGUGAUGGCGAGUCGGCGGGUCAGGGGAGAUCGAGGAAAGCUGCGACGGUCGGGGAGCUGGUUAGGGUUCAGAUGAGAGUGUCGGAGCAGGCUGAUUCCAGGAUUCGACGUGCUCUACUGCGAGUUGCUGCUGGUCAGCUAGGAAGGCGGAUAGAGUCGAUAGUUCUACCUCUCGAGCUAUUACAGCAGCUCAAGUCCUCGGAUUUCCCUAAUCAGCAAGAUUAUGAGGUCUGGCAGAGGAGAAAUUUGAAGCUUUUAGAAGCCGGACUACUUCUGCAUCCACACAUUCCAUUAGAUAAAUCCGACACUGCUGCAAGGCAACUUCAGCAGGUUAUCCGUGGGGCAUUGGACAAGCCCCUUGAUACUGGCAGGAACACCCAGUCAAUGCAAAUACUCCGAAAUGCAGUUAUGCCCUUGGCUAGCAGGUCGUUGAACGGGUCUUCUGUAGAAACUUGCCACUGGGCAGAUGGUUAUCCCCUGAAUCUAAGACUUUACCAAACACUCCUGGAAACGUGUUUUGAUAUCAAUGAUGAGUCAGUUGUUAUUGAUGAGGUCGAUGAAGUGAUAGAACUUAUAAAGAAGACGUGGACAAUUCUAGGAGUUAACCAGACGUUGCACAACAUCUGCUUUUUGUGGGUUUUGUUUCAUCAUUAUGUUGCAACUAGCCAAAUCGAAGAUGACCUCUUGUUUGCUGCAAAUAGUCUGAUUAUUGAGGUGGAGAAAGAUGCAAAGGCAGCUAAGGAUCCAGAGUACUCAAAGAUCUUGAGUUCGACAUUGAGUUCUAUACUGGGUUGGGCGGAGAAAAGGCUUGUGGCUUACCAUGAUAGCUUCAAUAGUGAUAAUACUGAAUCGAUGGAAUGUGUUGCUUCUAUGGCUGUUGUGGCUGCAAAGGUACUUUUAGAAGAUAUCUCUAACGAGUAUCACAGGAGCAGGAAACAGCGAGAUGUUGCUUCAGAUAGGAUUGACGCUUAUAUCAGAUCAUCAUUGCGUGCUGCUUUUAACCAGGCAAAGAAUGAAGAAAAUCACUUCAUCCAAGCAACCAUCUAGAAACCUGCAAACUCCACUUCCUCAGCUUGCUAUACUUGCAAAUGACAUUAGCCAACUGGCUUUCAGUGAAAAGGCUAUAUUUAGUCCUAUAUUCAAGAGAUGGCACCCCCAUGCAGCAGGUGUAGCAGUAGCCACGCUUCAUUCUUCCUACAGCAAAGAGUUGAAUCAAUUUGUAUCAAGUGUCAGUGAGCUGACACCUGACGCCAUACAAGUGCUGACAGCUGCUGACAAAUUGGAAAAAGAUCUCGUCCAGAUUGCGGUGGAGGAUGCGGUGGAUAGUGAAGAUGGUGGGAAGUCGAUAAUCCAACAGAUGCCUCCAUAUGAGGCUGAAGCUGUGAUGGCCAACCUUGUGAAGUCAUGGAUAAAAACACGAGUUGACAGACUAAAGGAAUGGGUGGAUAGGAAUCUACAACAGGAGGUGUGGAAUCCGAGGGCGAAUAAGGAAAGGGUUGCCCCAUCUGGAGUUGAAGUCUUGAGAACUGUUGAUGAAACUUUGGAAGCCUUCUUCCUGCUGCCAAUUCCUAUGCAUUCAGCCUUACUUCCAGAGCUUGUAGCAGGGCUUGAUAGAUGUCUCCAAAGUUACAUAUUGAAGGCAAAAUCUGGUUGUGGCACUCGAAGUUCUUAUAUCCCUGCUUUGCCUGCAUUAACAAGAUGUACAACUGGAUCAAAAUUCCAAGUAUUCAAGAAGAAGGAGAAGUCGCAAAUGAGCCAGAGAAGGAAGUCUCAUGUUGGAACUGCCAGUGGUGAUGACUCCUAUGGAAUACCUCAGCUUUGCGUGCGCAUGAAUACUCUGCAUCAUAUUAGAAUGCAGUUAGAAGUUUUGGAGAAGAGGACAACCAUUCAACUGAGGAACAACAUCAAGUCGGGUCAUGUCAAUGAUGAGUUUACCAAUGGAGUUGGGGUGAAGAAGUUUGAGCUAUCAGCUACGACCUGUGUUGAAGGGAUUCAACAACUCUGUGAGGCAGCGGCAUAUAAGAUUGUGUUUCACGAUCUAAGCCCAGUCAUGUGGGACAGCCUCUAUGUGGGUGAAGAUGUUUCAACUUCUAGAAUCGACCCUUUCCUUCAGGAGGUCGAGCAGAACUUGGAGAUUAUCUCGUCGAUGGUGCAUGACAGGGUUAGGACACGCGCCAUUACUGACAUGAUGAGAGCUUGUCUCGAUGGGUUCCUGUUGGUUUUGCUUGCUGGGGGCUCGUCUCGUGCUUUCUCUUUGCAAGAUCAUGUGGUAAUAGAGGAGGACUACAAGUUCCUCCGGGAGCUUUUCUGGUCCAAUGGAGAUGGGCUACCACUCGAGUUGAUAGACAAGUAUUCCGCCACUGUUAGAAGCAUCCUUCCUUUGUACCGAAUGGACUCGGAAUCCCUGAUUGAGAGGUUCAAAAGUGCAGCCUUGGAGGCUUAUGGCACUGCUUCCAAAUCGAGACUUCCAUUGCCGCCAACUACAGGUCAUUGGGGUCCUAGUGAGCCAAAUACUCUGCUGAGAGUUUUGUGUUACCGGAAUGACGAGACAGCGACAAAGUUUCUAAAGAAGACUUACAACCUGCCUAAGAAAUUGUAGUGUUGCCUUUAAUGUUAGUGCAUUUUUCUCAGUAUGAUGAACAUUGCUCCUGCUCCUGAAUCAUUGGCUGCUGCAGUUUCUCGACCUGGUUGUCAACUGCUAUGAAGAAAAAGACAAUAACUUUUAUGUAACAGCUGAUUGAGACUUUGUGAGUGUAACACUUGUUGCUGCCGCAUGUGUAUUUAAAAAGAGGUUUGUUCAGGAGAAAGAAGUUGAUUUUUGAGUGUUGAGAGGUUCUGUAGAUACAUGUUUAGAAGAAGGUAAGCUUGGAAAGUUGAGGUCAAAUGUAUGAUGAAGGGAAGCAAACCAGAAAUGGUGGAGCUUGACCAAUGAUUUUGGUGAAGCAGCCAUCAAUGGCGCUUGGGGAGGUGGUAUGGGGUAAGUUCUUCAUGGUUGGAGAUGAAUAUGAUUUACAGUGUGGAAAGUUACUGUAUGCUAUUAUUUACUGUAUGGGAACUGACCUGUUGGCUGUUGUAGUGUAAAUUUGUAAUUGGUAGUGUCUCAAGAGAUUGGUAAUUGAAUUUUCUUUACUGUUA